AUGGUGAGAUGUUGCGAAUGUGAUUGUGAUGUGUUUAUAUAACGUUUGGCCGGAUCAUAAAAAAAACGACUUGUACUUUCGACACAACUCUUCGAACUGGCACCCAGUGAUCUUACCAGCAUCUACAAAUUGGGCAAAUUUGAUGUUAAAGCUUACUUCAGUGGGCAGGAUCUGCACAAUUUGAUACUUAAUUUUAUGCUUACUUACAACUAGCAAGGUGACGUGAGAAUAUUUAUCACAAAUCCUAAGAUCUUCAACCACGUGAACAUUCAGCAACUUGAUUUCAGCACUGUUAGACUUUUUGCCUUUCAUGCUUGUAAUUGGACAGCGAAACCAAGUGUUACGUACCAUACCUCUGUUAUUGGACAGUUCACAUCAGUUGUGGGUGAACACGUAAUUUUAUAAACUAUUCGUAUGAUUUUCUUGUGGGGGAAUGUUUUUGUAAGGGAUGGGUGUUUUGUUUCUUCAAUUUUGUCUUUGGCUUGAUACAUUUUCAUGGUUUUGUCCACUUCUUUGUUGUUCAUAAUUAACAAAUCAGUAUCCCACUUUGCAGUCAUACGAUUUUCAUAAUCACUUGAAGUAUUACAGACUAAUAGGAAUCCAGUUGUGAUUGGUAUAGGCAAUAACACGAUUUCCUCUGCAAUUUGGUGUAAAUAAGAAUUUGAACAUUUUCAAAGACAACACAAUUGCACAACCCUGCAGGGUGAGUGCAAUUUGUAGUCUUUGAAAAAUUUAUGAGUGUUUAUUUAGCCAAAUUAGAGGAGAAAUCAUGUUGUUACUUGUUAAUCAUUUACAUGAAAAAAUUGCCACGGAAAGUCAAGACAGACAAAGUUUUGACAGUGUGCACAUGCAAUUAUUUACACUUGGGAUACAACUUUGCUCAGUUACAACUUUGCUCUUGUGUUAAAUGAAAAACGCACUUGUGUUCAGCAAGUCAGAGGUGUGUAAUUUUUUCAUGUUUAUUAUUUUUAUUAUUGUUAUUAUAAUUAUUACUACAAAUUUGUAAAAAAUACUGAUCUGGGCUUAGCUGUUUAAAGGGUGGAUGAUGCUAUCCAACGGAUAAAUCACUGUCCAGCAGACAAGUGUUCACCACACAUACUGCAUUAUCCAACAGAUAGAGAUUUAUCUAGGGGCUAUUAUCUAUAAACAACCAGGUCCUGGCUCUUCAAUGAUGGACAGCAGUAAGAUGUAGAUAGAGAUUUAAUGGUUUCUUUAUUAUGAAGUUGACUUUGGUGUGAAUGAUCUUUAGGCAAACGAUGAAGUUAACCCAAAGGCCUUCCCAUUGGCUGAUCCACAACUGACGGUGACCAUCCUUGAUCUCCUUCAGCAAGCUUCCUCAUACAAACAGCUCAGGAAGGGAGCUAAUGAAGGUAAUGAUCUCCAUGAGAUGUGGUGGUGUGUGUGACCACCUGUUGUUUAUAAGGAUUCAAAAUUUCAGUCAUUUCCCAUUGCAACCAAUUGCUGAAACCAAAGGGUUGUAAAGAUGCCACAUUUCCUAAAAAGAAAAAUUUUGGCUAAAAGGGGGAUGCAUAUCAGAAGGAGGGUGCUUAAUCAAGGGGUGUACUUGUUAAGUUAGCACAGCAAUAAAAGAACAGAUAAUACACAUAAAGGAACUCUGCAAACAGAUGCAGAUAGAAAUAACUUCAUUCUUUAACUCUCUGAAGUGAUUAACAUGCAACUUCUCCCUAUAAUAUCCAUCCAUUAUCCAGCACACAGGUACAGUUGAACCUCAAUUAUCAGGACCUCGAUCAUCUGGACUUAUACUCUGACCCCAAUUUUGUCAUGAAUAUUUAUUGGUCAUGAUCAAGAUCCGUAGCCAUAUUCUUUAAAACUAUAGCAUUGAAAAGUGAAGUAAAGGCAUGUCAGUUUCACUUUCCAAAAGCAAAAGCAGCGCUGGCACGCGUCACAACUAAUGAAGAACAUUCAAAUGAGAUCUGAUUGGUUUAGAGUUGCUUUGUUGCUAAGUGAGAUUUCACGCUCUAGUGGCUCGUUCGGAUUGGUAUGCAAAAUAAACAAGCUACACAGCGGGUUAUUCAUUUGUAUAUGGGAUUUGUAUGUGUUUUGUUUCGCGAUUAAAUGUCCAUUUCUUAAUUUAAUCAGUUUUCUUUCCUCAUUAAUAUUCAUAUUCUCGAUUAUCCGGAACCUCGAUUAUCCAGACUAUUUCAUUUAGUCCCAACGAGUCCGGAUAAUUGAGGUUCGACUGUAAUGAGAAUAUUCAAACUUAUCAGGUACAGUACUGCUCAAAUGGGCUUAUUCUAUUUUGCGAAACGAAACGAAACAAGGCGAGAUAUGACGAAACUAAAGGAAUAAUGCACAUGUAUUUACUACUAAGGUAAAGAUAAAUUUCUCAAGGAUUUUGGAGUAAUCGUCAAUUGAUAAGAAGGAUUUUUAAUAAUUUUGCAAAGUAGUAAUUUCAUAAGACGUACUAUUUUGCUGAAUCGACUCUUUCAUGUUACAAAUUAGUAUUUCACCAAAGAUUUUGGUCUCCUCUCAUUUCUUACACCGUAUCAAGAUAUAUUUCACAAAAUAGUAAUUUCAGGUGAGAUACUGGACUAUUAGUCGGUUUCGAAAAUUAGUAACUUCUCUUAAACUACUACAUUGCGAAAUGAAUAAAAAUCCUUCUUGUUUAUUAUUAACGAUUACUCCAAAAUCCUUGUGAAAGUUAUCUUUAACUUAUUACAAAAUAUAUCUGCAUUAUUUCUUUUUUUUUUUGUAUCUCGCCUGGUUUUGUUUCGUUUGGUUUCGUUUCGCUUAAUAGAAUGAGCCGCUCAAUCCUCUGCUCGAUCCUCAAUACUCGAAACUAUCGAGGAUCGAGACACUCGAAGAACUUUUUGAGGAUAUUGAGAAAACGAUUCAAUUAUUGCACUCAAAACAAUAGCGAAGGACAAAGCGCUUAACACGCCGACAGCCCGCAGACAUAUUUUCAUAUCGCGCAAGACUCGAGCUCUUGUCAAGCUCAGUUUUAGUGUUAAUGAUAUUGAAUAAAGCAUGCGUUACAUUUAUAUUUACGUCUACAAAAUUUAAUUUUGGAAGAUAUAAACUUUGAGAUUACGAGCGCCGGAAGUUUUCUUCGAUCUCAGAAUAAUCAACCGACAGACAAAAGUGUAAUCAAACAUAUUUCCACUGAAGCGAUCAUCUAAUCAUUCGAUGAUAAUUUGAUUCCUUUUAUCCUGUUAACGACGUUUCUUACUGAUUGCAGAUAAUAUUAGUACGAAUAUUGAAAACCACGGCAACAUGCGAUGUUCGUAAGUUAAGCCGGCGACACAUGGCUAUUUUCGCCGAUCGCCGCGAUCGGCGAAUAAAAUCGCCAGGUGUGUCACCGGCUUUACAUGUACUAUAAAUUGGUUUGUGUGACCCUUACACACAAAUAUCCAUUCCAAAGUAAGAGGAACCCGGCCGAUGAAGCUUCUUCUCUGACGAAUGAGAAAAAUUAUCAUCAGAACAGUAAUAAAAAAAUACACUUAUUUACGGAGACCAAAAAUCAUUUAACAAAGUGUGACCUAAAAAAGUCGCCAGUUGACUUGACGCCAUCGUCUUGUCACAGUCUCGCGUCGAAAAGAGGCAUAAACCAAUAUUUUUGCCUAGGGUUAGAUUAGCAUCAAGCUCUAGUGUCAUACUUCAUAAAGUAAAACUAGGAAACCUGAAAACUGUGUUAGACGAUGAAACUGGAGAUGUGUAAAGAAAGGAAAUUUCGGACAUGGCGGAGUAGUAAAGGCUCUCUUCAACAUCGUGAUAAAUAAUAACGAUCAGGCGCGAGAUAACAAAGAGGGUUACGCAUACAGUAUAGAUAAUAAUAUCUACGUGGUUGUUGUCCAAAAAAAUCAGAAAUACAAUUGAAUUUCGAGCUAAGUUUCGCUCGAGAUAACGAAAAGGGUCAAGCACACAGCAAAAUAAUAAUCACAGAACUACACAUGUAUUGUACUUCGAGCAAAGUUUCGCCCUAUCGGAAACGAUGCACACUAUACGGAUUUUCAAUCCAUGGUUUAGACUAAAGGUAAAGAACUUCAAAUCGUUUGAAAAAGUAAUCGCACGAGAACUCCUUUGUUUCCGAACUUCGAGUGUCUCGAACCGAAGGUCUCAAUACUCGACUCGAACGUCUUGAAACUCAACUCAGGCCUCGAUCCUCGAAAUUAUCGAGGUUCGAGGGACUGUCAACUCACCCUUGAGCGGUACCGUAGAAGUUGUUAUCAUGAUCAAACACCGAAUUCUUGUAACUAACGUACAUAGAAAUGUGUAGCAGCUAGAGGAGAGAAUUAACAAUCAGAUAUUGGGAUUGAAAGGGUUAAGGGAACUUCAUGGAGAAGUAACCAUUCUCUGGUACUGAUCUCCUUGUAGUUGAAGCUUGAAAAGUUAUUAAUGAAGUAGCAAUAGAAACAGGUCUUCCUUGUAUCCCUACUUUUUAAGAAAGUAAGGCAGGAGGUAGGCUCUUAUUGAAGAAGGGCUAUGUUUCACUUUGUGGCCUAAGAGGUGGGUGCUUAUUCAAGGAACAGUGGUCAUUACAGCAUAUGCCCCUAUUCAAGGAAAUACAGUAAUGAUGUUCAUGAAAUGUCACCACUUGUUGUUUGUGUGCAUUUAGAUAUUCACUCUUUCUUUCAGCCACCAAGUGCCUCAACCGGGGUGUUGCUGAGUUUAUUGUUAUGGCAGCAGAUACAGAACCACUAGAAAUAUUGCUUCACCUUCCCCUCUUGUGUGAAGAUAAGGUAAGGAAGGUCAUGAAAGUGUUGUUAAGCAUGCAUAAUUACAGGUACAGUGAAACAUUAUAGCAAAAAAUUUAAAGAACAUUUUUGUACUAAAAAAUAGGUAAGUUUUUAUUCUGCUGUGGCAUUCAGCAAAAAGGAUGCUUGGAUGAUACAAAACCUUUUUCCAAUUUGAGACAAUUUUUAUACUUGUGUGUUAAAAUCAGUAGCCUUCUUUGCCCUGACUGCUCCCUAAAAUUGAACAGAAUUUGAGUCUUAAAUAAAUUAGGAUGAGCCCAUUUAUACAAUGCCAAUCAACUGAACCAUAAUAAUUGUGAUUGGUUGAAAGUUCAAGUCAGAUUUCUCCACACUUCAAGUCAUCAUGGUGGUUAACCUUUGGACCCCUAAGAGAGACUACCAUCUAAUUUCUCCUUACAAUAUCACCCCUGAAUCACACAUUAAGGUCUCAAGAAUAAAGGAAACGAUCACCAACAAGAGAAGCUCCUUAUUCUUGAACAAAUUCUUCUUGUCAGUGUCUUAGGAACUGUACAGAGAUCAGUAUAGAGAAUAUGAAAACUGAUGUUAGUGUGUAAAGGGUUAGAUAAAAAAUGAAAAUUAAAAAAAACAGUGACAACUUGCUUCAUUUUUGCUUUUCAGAAUGUGCCUUAUGUAUUUGUUCGUUCCAAGCAGGCUCUUGGUAGAGCAUGUGGAGUGUCACGCCCUGUCAUAGCAACUGCAGUCACUAUCAAUGAAGGAUCUCAGCUUAAACCACAGAUUCAGUCACUUCAGCAGUCAAUCGAAAAACUUUUGAUAUAAAACUCUGUACACUUCUCUGUUGUUAUUUUUAUUGUUGCUCUCUAAAUCCUUAUCAAUAAAAGAAAUUGUCAACAAAGUGUUAUUUCUCUCUUGG